UUCACUUCAACGUGACUUUACCGAAAGAGCUAAGAAUAGAAAUUAAUAUGCAAAUAAAAAACAAAUGUUAGGGUUCAAUUCACUGGGGGCCAGAAUACAUCAGCAAUACCCUGUGACAUGACAGUAAUCGUAAUGUGAUCAUUAUCGAAACCCCCGGUGACGAAUCGAGCGGCGCACGAGCGAAUCGCGUUCCGCGCGCCGCUCCCCGUCUCGCGCUCCGUAGCGCGGCCGUUGCCGUGGCGACGCGGAGCCGCGACCAAGCCGAGGUCACUGGGACUGCCUCUACUCCUCAUCAUCCUCUCCUCAUCCUCUCCCCCUCAUCAUCCGCUCCUUCCUCCUCCUCAUCUCCCCUCGACUCGUGUUCUCUCCUCUCUUCACUCUCCGUCUCGUCGCCACUCUCGCACCCUCUCCUUUUCUUUCGCCCUCAUCUCCCCCGCUCUUAUUCACCUCCCCCGCUCUUAUUCACCUCCUCUACGCUCAUCAUCCACUGCAUUCACUCUGUCCUCAUCGACAGCGGUCUCUGCUUUAUGCUCUCCCCGUCUCCCAUUUCGACUCCUAUCCUCUCUCGCAUAUUUCUCUCCUACCAUUUCCGCUGCUCUCUCCCCCGUCUGUUCCAUCUCACCUCCUUUUCUCCUCCUCAUCUUCGCCCCUCCCUGCCCUUCUCAGCCCUCUCUCCUCUCCUCGUCUCUCAGCAUCUCCCUCUUGCUUGCACUGGCCCUCACAAACACGCCACAUGAAGGAGGCCGUGGAUGGGUUCCUGGUCACCCCGACCUGGCCAUUGAUUCUCAGCAGAGGUCAGGCGGCCUCGCGGAAGGUCGCUGGGGGUCAACCUGCGCGUAGCAAUGUGACCCGGGAUGAAGCUGCCCGUGGGAGCGUCGUGACCAAGAGUCAGGGUGACUUGGGAGACGCGACCCGGGGCCGGAGCAACCUGAGCAAUUGGAUUCACGAUAAGACAUAUCUUGAGGCGACUCGGAAUCGCGGCGAGCUGAGAGAGGUUACCGAGGAUCAGAUAGCACGUGGAGAUGUGACCACGCACCAGAGUAGCCUUGGAGAUGUGCCCCGGGAUAGGAAAGCCCUAAAGGUGACCCACGGCCAGGUGACCACCGUGCAGCCUGACUUCAGGGACGUGACCCUGGGCCACGGUAAUGUGCGGGAGGUGACCGGGGAUCAGGCAGGCGGCGGGGAGGAGGCUCCACGGGGUCAGAAGGGGGGCCCCGAGGAGCUGGGUCGCCUGGCCGUGGUGUGCCUGAGCCAGGCGAGGCUGGGCAGCACGGGGGACCUCGCGCGUUGUCACUCGCUGCGAUUCCUGCACCUGGGCAACAACUGCAUCAGGAGGGUGGAGGCGCUGGGGUCGUGCCCCCGCCUCCUGGAGCUCGACCUCCACUCCAACCAGAUCAGCGCGCUGCCGUGGCCCGACUUUUGGCUCGGGCUGCCAGAGCUCCAUGUGCUGUACCUUCACGACAACCCACUGGGUACCGCAGCCAUACCUUCCCUGGCAGCCUGCCCGAGCCUCGUGGCUCUUACUCUGGCCGACACGCCACUGUCGCUGCGGCCAGGCUAUCGGCACCGCGCCGUCAAUUCGAUCGCCACGCUGCAGGCGCUGGACGGCGUGGUGGUGGCUGACGAGGAAAUUAUCGAGGGGCUGGCGGGUCGCGCGUCGACGAGCGAGCGAUUCCGAGCCCUGAGCCCAGCCAUGGUCGUGGGCAUACGCACCUGCCUUCCGAGACAGAUAUCGUACAUCGCAAAGAUGCAGCACUUCCAGAGGCUCCUGAAGGACAUCAACGCAGUGCUGGCACGUCACUCUGCUGUGCACAUCAUCCAACGUUGGCUUCGCGGGCACCUCGUCCGUGCCAGGCUCGGGAAGGCAGACAGGAGGCUACCAGCUAAGUGCGGCAGAACAUCUCGGCCAGAGCGGGAGGAGCGAGCAAUCCUGGCUGAGGGCCUAGCACGGGCCUGGGAUGGAGGACUUUCUGGCCAGAUGACAAGCAGGAGCCAGUGCAAAAUGAAGGAACAAGCAGAAGUCAAGCAUCUUACGAUAGAUUUGAAUCAACUGCACACAAGUACUGUCCAGGAUGCCUUGGAUCGUUUGAGCCCAACAAGUGCCUACCCACAGAGGUUCUACCCUUCCACUUGGAUUCAUUCCGCUCCUUUCAGGCACCAGCGUGGUCACAAUAGUGAAGUAAUGAGACGGAAGGAGACAAAGCCACUUGGACAACAAACAGUCUUGGAGACACGGGAUAAAGGUGAUGACUUGAACACGGACGUCAAUCUGGAAGACCAACAAGUCCAGUUCCGCAUGUCGGGCCUGUGUGCCAGGAUCCACCAGUCUGAUCCUCUACGGGAUUUGCUGCUUACCCGGCAUGAGCAGGCAUGUGAUGUCAGGAAAUCCGUGAGCCAGAUCCAUUCUCUCAUUCAGGAUGAGUCCAGGACAGAAUUUCUACACCGACCACGGCACCCCACGAUGAGUCUGGACGAACGCCUGCACCGUCGCUCCAUGGGGUCCCACGUGCUGGCGCCGUUUGAGACCCUCGAACGGGCUCAACGAGAGCGGGAGAGGGUGGGGCACCUUACCGCCAAGGCUGAGACCGUGAACAGGGCACACUCGGCCAAACGAGUGAUGCAGGCGCGCAUGCGGGGCUUUCUGGAGGAGAAACGUGAGGUCGCGGUGCGCCUGAGGGAGGCAGAUUGCGCUCGCAUGACGGACGACCUGCAGCGACAGAAGAGGCAGGCGCCCCUUGACGGAGACAAUGCGCGUGAACGGAGACUGGACCACGACCGUCGUUCGCGCCAAGCGGAGCUUGAUCUGGCACGGGCAUUUGGGUCCCAGCAAGCGGCCGUGGGUAAGGCGUUGUGGAGGCACGACUGGCAGAUGCGCCGGCAGGAGGAGCGCAGCGCACGCGCGGAAGUGGCUGGGGAUCAGCGGGAGCACAGUCUGCAACAGCGCGAGAUCGUGCGCACGUUCCUGCAGCGCAGACAAGAGAAGUUUCAAGAGCAGGCCGCGACCGAACGGACACAGCUGGACGUCCGCCUCUCUCGGGACGCGGUAGAGAAAACACGGGAGGCAAACCGUCGUGUCGACCGUCUUAAGGCACACAGGCUCGCGCCAAGAACCACGCAGAUUCACCAGGUUCACGUGCCAAAGGAGUCCAUCACGUUGAGUCUUGAGGGAUUGUUCUGAGAAUGAAGGUGUCUGUAUGGCUGAGUGGCUCCAGAGGUCAGAGCAAUACGCUUGCACUGUUGAGAUCCUGGGAGCUGCUUGUGAUUAAACAGUUAUCUUGUGUAGUGAGUUGAUGGUCUCAGCCUGUUACCAAUAACUGUAUAUAAAAGCCAUUACAUGCAAUGUUGUUUCUUACAUGGCUACCAUUCCAGCACUGAGAAUUAAAUAUUGCUUUGACUGUAAUGAACAUUACUCUUAUAUGCAUAGCAAGUGGGACAAUGCUUCCUUCAACUGUGUGGACCAGAAGUCACUUCAUCGAAUAUCAAAGGUAGCUCUAUCUGCUUGCAUGGGCCAUUCUCUUACUUGAAGGGAAACACUGCUGUGACACAUUUAAAUGGAUACUUCGUUUUAUGACACAAUUUGGGUAAAACCUGGGUAAACUAAAAAAUAUAUAAAAAAUACAAGCCUAAUACCUAUGAUUGAUUCAAAAGCAUAUCACUUUGUGAAAACAAUUUAAAUACAGUAUCAUAGCACUUUAAAUUUGCACAAGAAUUGUAAGACAUUGGUUCGACAAGUCAACUUGCAUUUUUAUUAGAAAUAAACUUGAUAAUGGCAUGAAUGUAACAAAAGCCAUUCCUAUUAUGGAGAUACAAUGUUAAUGAGUGUCAAAGAAUCAAGAUUGUAUUACAGAUUCCCCAUGUAAAUAAUACAUUUAAUUAAAACUGACUGAUGUACAACGAUGUCUUGCGGAACAUCCCAAUUAUGGAAUUGUUGACGCCAUCCCUGCAUGUGCUUCAUUGGUAGUACAGCUCCAGAUUUUGUCCGUCGUGGAUCUCAUCUGUGUUUAAACAUCAAGGAUAAUCGCAAUGGAAUGUUUACUUUAAAACAUGAGGUGAACAGGUAAUGUGCUUCAUGCAUUAAAAAUUAAAACACUUUAA